UGUCUAAGGGAUCACUUAAAAUAAAGAACUACAUAGACGUCACUUUUUCAGCUACAAUGAAGAAGACUUCUUUCCUCUAUUGCUUUUUAUAUGUUACAUUAAUCGAUGGAGACGUAAUUAAUGUAGAGGAAUUUGAAGGGAGAAGUGUCUCCUUCCGGUGCUCACACACAUAUGCAUGGAGCAACAAGAAGUAUUUCUGCAAAGAUCCAUGUACAAGCACAGGAGACGUACUAGUUACUGUAGAAUCUGGAGGAAGAGCAGAGUCAGGGAGGAUUGCUCUGGUGGACUCUGGGGAUGGAUUCUUCACUGUGACCUUCAGCAAUCUUCAGCUGUCAGACUCACAGAAAUACUGGUGUGCAGUGGAGCGAACUGGUUUCGAUACAUAUGCUGAGAUACACCUAACAGUAAAGAACGCUGUUGCAACCGUGACAACUGUCAUACCGGGAGUUGCCACAUGGACAAAUCAAAAUACCAACACAACAAACUUCACAACUGGAACAGGAACCAUGAAGCCUUUAGAACUUUCAACAGCCCUAAACUUCACAGCUGAAGAAGAACCUAAAAUCAACACAGACACCAUCGUGUUUGCUACCGUUGGUAGUGUUGGUCUGGUCUCCGUCUUGCUGCUGGCAGUAUGUUUCCGGAAGUCCAGAAAAAACUCAAAACAUAAACAAUCAGUUUACUCCAAAAGUGCAGACCUCACCAGUGCAAACAAAAGAGAGGUCAGCUGUGGUUAUGAUGACACUGACAAGAGGAAAAAGGGCAGUAAGAAGUCUCCUAAGAGUUCAUCUGUCUCUGCUCACCAAAAAAGAGAAGAUCCACUAACAUCUGAUGCCACAGCGACCAAAUGUAGUGUACUCGCUGAUACUGAUCAAAACAUCUCUUUCCCCAAACUUCCUGAAUGUUCAGGAUAUUCACUCACAGAGGACCAAAAUGACUAUGAAAAUAACUCUGGAAUCUACAUCAAUACUUUGCCAGCUUUCAUAUUUGAAAGAACAGAUGAUGGUACUUGUAGAAAGCAAAUAACUGAACCUAAUACAAGCAAAAAUACACUGAGCUGUGCAAACCGUUGUGUCUCCAGAGCCCCAUGUGAAUCCAAUGAAGAGAAGCCCAGCUCGCUUUGGUUUGGUUUAGAUUUAUCAGAAAUAAAUCAGAAUUAGUUUCAAAGAUCUGAUUUGUAAAUUUGUUAUGGACAUUUAUGGAAAAGUGAACUUCUUCACUAAUCAUCAAUAACAGUCUUCACCAUUAUUAAAGUUGCACACUGUAUUGUACUGUCAGUGUUUCCAUUUCAUGGCUGUCUCUGUCUGUUUUUGUAAUUUAUACUUUGAUUUUGUUUAACUGGGAGGAGUCCCCGGGGCAGACACAGGACACGCUGGAGAAAUUAUAUCUCUCGGCUGGUCUGGGAACGCCUUGGUGUUCCCCCGGACGAGCUGGAGGAGGUGGCUGGGGAGAGGGAGGUCUGGGCUUCUCUCGCUGCUGCCCCCACCACCCAGCCCCGGAUAAGCAGAAGAAAAUUGAUGGAUGGAUGGAUGGAUGGAUGUUGUUUAUUAUAUACUUUUAUCAUAUAUUAUUUGCAUCACAUUUGAUACAUUGGGCGUUUUGGCAACUUUUUGUUAACAACAAUGUUAAUUUUAGACAAAAAAAAGAGUUUGGUCCAUAACAUUUUGAAAUUAUUGCAAGUAUUGAUCAUGUUGAUGAGGUCUCAGAAACUCAUGUAGCAAAUAUGAUACAAAGGGCAUUACAGGGUUAAGAACAAGUCUAAUAGCUUGUUGACUCAAAGUUGAAGUGUGAACUGACACUGACAUAUGGUUAACACGUCAGGGGAAAUGUGCUACAUUUCUAGUGGGUGAAAGUUAGUUAGUGUAGUAUCUUGUGUGUUUUUGCGUGUGUUGACAUCUGCUGUUGUGUUUAAUGUUAGCAUGUAUAUACCUAAUAGGCUGUUUGUUUGCAGACAGUGAUAAAUUGAAAAUAAACUCUCAAAAAUCCUUCAUAA